AUGACUAUCGACGAAGGAGUGGAGCGCCGCAGGCUGCAGAAUCGCAUCGCCCAACGCAGGUUUCGUCAAAAACACAACAAGAAGAAAAACGACUCUGCGGCAUCCGAUCAGAUCGCCCGCGACGAGGAAAACGGCCGAACCGGGGUCGACAACCAGCUUCACACCCACUUACCGACGCCUUCAACUUCGGAACAGAUAACAUCGGCUGUCACCGCUGACACUACAAACGCCAUGGGGAGUUUAGGUUUGUGCACACCAGUGUCAAAUCUACAUGCGCCAUCCCCUCCAGAUGCUCUUCCAGUCAGUUUUGAGGCUGUUCUGUCAAACUUAUCCGCCGACCUACCUCUCAUGGGAAACCUCACCAGCAAGGACCUGUCUUUAAUGUACCCCGAUUCUCUAAGCAGCGUGAGCCAUUCCAUGCCAAUCGAGACGAACAACACACCUCCAAUAGAUCCGUCACUCAGUGAUGUGGCGUCAUCUGGAGACGAGUCCAGCGGAUGGAUGAGCACGCUGCAUAUGGCUGCACAGAAAGGCCACGAGGGGAUCAUGUGCGUUCUCCUGGAACACUCAACGAAUAUCAACGAAAGGGACAGCGAUGGGAGAACAGCUUUGAUGCAUGCCGUGAUUCACGGACACGCAAACAUUAUCAUGCUGCUUCUAGAGCGAGGGGCACGGCCAGGCGACUUGGACAACAGGCGCCAGUCCGCCCUCUACUGGGCUGUCGUCCAGCGAAACGCGGCCAUUCUCAAAAUUUUACUAGAACAUUGCGUACAAGAGAAGGAUAUGGUGGAGCAGAUUGACUCUUACGACGCGUCUUUCAGGACGCCAUUACACACUGCUGUUGAUUUGGGAUUUGAAGAAGGCGUACGCCUAUUGCUUAGUUUUGGAGCGAAUUUGCAUUGUAGAGCCCGUAUGGGC